CAAUCAAUAUCACCAACAUGCCAUCGUCCCAACCUGCGAGUUCCCAUAUAACCACCGCACCGCCAAAGGCUGUCAAGCCAUUGGCUUCGAAGUCAAAGCCAUUGGAGCCUAAGGCGCCCGAAUCAAAGCCCAGUGACUCGAAUGUGCCUGAGCCAGUGGAGCCAGAGGCCAAGGCACCGGAGACAAAGUCUUUCAAGGAGGCUCUAGUGAACGGUGCCGGUGAUGGUGAUAAGCAAACCGACAGCUCGAACUCGACUUCACCGUCGUCUUUCCAGUCCGAUUCUAUCAGGGAUAGCAGCCCUAAUACCUCACGAUCGAACUCCAGUUCCAGUUCCCAGCCUACGAAAGAAGAGACCGACAAAGACACUGAGAAGAACAUCAAGGAAAGGAACAAACAAGAACAAGAAAAAGACACUACCACCAUCCCCAUCGUAUCCAAACACUGCGCCGUGACCUCCAAGCGCCUCCCAGCAACAAAUGUCUCAAUUGAAAAGUCCGGCGUUGCUCGAUGCAAUGUUGUCGAUGGCGCUACCUCUGAUACCUCCAUAAAGGAUUUCCAUGAAUACACACCCAUGCAACAACAUAUCCUCUUCUGGGACCGCGACCGCGACGGCCAGAUCUACCCAUAUGAUACGUACCGGGGCUUCCGGGACUUGGGCUUCAACAUCCUCUUCUCCUUCCUCGCCGUGCUGAUUAUCAAUCUGAACUUCUCGUACCCGACACGGCUCGCGCACUCGUUUCUCCCGGAUCCCCGUUUCAGAGUUUACGUGGAUAGCAUCUACAAGGCGAAACAUGGAUCCGACUCUGGUAGUUUUGAUGCCGAAGGCCGCUUUAUCCCGCAGCAUUUCGAGGACAUGUUUGCCAAGUACGAUGGAGAUCAGGACGGAGCGCUGACGUUUGGGGAAUUGUUUAAUAUGAUGCACGGGAACCGGUGUGCGGCAGAUCCGUUUGGGUGGGGCGCCGCUUUCUUCGAAUGGGUCACAACGUGGCUGCUUAUCCAGAAGGACGGAAAAGUUUACAAGGACGAUUUACUCGGUGUAUAUGAUGGUUCGCUGUUCUGGAAGAUCGCCAAGGCGAGAAAGUCUCCCCAGGGCUGGUCCCAGGGAUUCGGGUUGGGCGGAGAUGGCUUUCUUGGGGGUGUUAAAGUGAUUUAAACCUUCACUUUCCCAUUCUAAGGGCCGCAUACGCGAUGAUAAGCGUAUGGGCUUCCAGCCGCCAAUGAUCUUGUCCAUAGGCUGCUACCAGACAUUUAAAAUAGAAUGAAACCACGACUUAUUCAUACCGCCU